UCUCAGCUACGUACCUGUACCAUUGGAACCUUUGGUUGUUCCUAAAACCCAUAUCCUCACAGCACCAGAAUUUCCAACAAGAUGGCUUUGGAUAUCCUCCUCUCAUGGUCAACCGAGCCAUUUACAAUCGCAGCCACGUUGUUGUUUUUCUUAUUCCUUCUUUUCUGGUCACUUAAGAGAAGAAGCCACACUUACACACCCACAAAGGCAACACCGCCUCCGGAAGCUGGUGGUGCAUGGCCUUUGAUCGGCCACCUCCACCUUUUAGGUGGUUCCCAACCACCUCACAUCACGCUGGGUAAUAUUGCUGAUAAAUAUGGACCCAUCUUCACCUUGCGUUUAGGUGUUCACCGAACUCUGGUUGUGAGCAACUGGGAAAUGGCUAAAGAGUGUUUUACCGUAAACGACAAAGCGUUUGCUACUCGUCCCAAAACUCUAGCCAAUGAAAUUUUGGCCAAAAACCACUUUGGUUUCGUACCCUACGGUUCAUAUUGGCGUGACGUGAAAAAGAUAGCCACAGUGGAGGUCCUUUCCGCCAAACGAACGGAGAUGCUGAAGCAUGUGAUGGAAUCGGAGGUGAAGGCAGCAAUGAAAGAUAGCUAUGAUUCUUGGGCAAAGAUGAAGGAGAGUGGUACUGAAAAAGUGGUGGUUACUGAGAUGGAGAAAUGGUUUGCGGACAUAACACUGAAUGUGGUGUUCAGAACGGUGUUAGGAAAACGCUUAGUUGCGAGAAUGGGUAGUGAUCGGGAUGAGGAAGAGAACAAAAAUAUUCGGAAGGUAUUUAGGGAAUUCUUUCGUCUCAUGGGGUUAUUUACUAUUUCUGAUGCUCUACCAUAUUUAAGAUGGUUGGAUUUGGAUGGUGAGGAGAAGAAAAUGAGAAAAACAUCUAAAGAAUUAGAUGACUAUGCUACGGUUUGGCUUGAGCAACACAAACAAAAGAGAAAGAAUAAUGGUUCAGGGGAAUGAAAAAAGGGUGAAUAUGACUUUAUGGAUGUGUUUCUUUCCAUGGUCGACGAUGAAGGUUUCCACGGUCAUGAUGGUGAUACCAUAAUAAAAGCGACAUGUCUGCAAACAGCCAUGGGAGAAGUAGUAGACUCUGCUUUCAUCCAAGACAUAGAACACAGGCCAAAGCUUUCCAUCAUCAAAGCUGAGGGCAUUCCUGUUAUCGACCUCUCUCCAAUAACCCACCAAACAGUUCCAGACCCAUCUGCCAUUGAAGGCUUAGUGAAGGAGAUUGGAGCUGCAUGCAAGGAAUGGGGCUUCUUCCAAGUUACAAACCAUAGUGUUCCCCUGAGUCUGAAGCAGAAGAUUGAUAAAGCAUCAAGAGAGUUCUUUGCGCAGAGUUUGGAAGAGAAGAGGAAGAUAUACAGAGAAGAGACUAAUUCAACAGGAUAUUAUGAUACAGAGCACACAAAGAAUGUCAGGGAUUGGAAGGAAGUGUUGGAUUUUCAAGCCAGAGAUCCCACUUUGGUCCAUGUGACUUAUGAUGAACAUGAUGAUAGAGUCACACAGUGGACAAAUAAAUUCCCUCAUUGCCCUCCAAAUUUCAGAGCUUUAGUAGAAGAGUACAUUCAAGAGAUGGAAAAGCUGGCCUUUAUGUUGAUGGAGCUUAUAGCUUUGAGCCUAGGGCUUGAAGCAAAGAGGUUUGAGGAAUUUUUCAUCAAAGAUCAAACCUCCUAUUUAAGGUUCAACCACUAUCCUCCUUGCCCUUGCCCUGACCUAGCUCUUGGCGUCGGUCGACACAAGGACUCUGGUGCGUUAACAAUUCUUGGCCAAGAUGAGGUUGCAGGGCUUGAAGUGAAAAAUAAAGCAAAUCAACAGUGGGUCAGAGUGGAACCAUCCCCAGAUGCUUAUAUCAUCAAUGUUGGUGAUAUUAUUCAGGUUUGGAGCAAUGAUGCCUAUGAGAGUGUGGAACAUAGAGCGAUGUUAAACUCUGAGAAACAAAGGUAUUCCAUUCCAUUCUUCUUCUUCCCUUCACAUGACACUGAAGUCAAGCCUUUGGAUGAGCUGGUAAAUGAGCAAAACCCUUCAAAAUAUAGGCCAUAUAAAUGGGGCAAGUUUCUUGUCUACAGAAAAAGCACAAAUUUCAGGAAAAGAAAUGUGGAGAACCUUCAAAUUGAUCAUUUUAGGAUAGCUUGAAGAUUGUACAAUAGCGGUGUAGUUCAGAAUAUGCUUGGAAGUCUGUAAUAAUGUGCUGCAGUGUAGUUCAGAAUAUGGUUGAUCCAAUAUUCCAAUGACAAUGUUUCUGACAUGAGUGACUUCAAUCGAGUAUAUUAGUAGGGUCCAUUGUGCAUGAUCCUUGUGGAGUAUAAACUAUUCCUUCAAUUAAAAGUAGUAAGCUUUCUCCAUCAUCAUUUGUCUAAAAUUGGAGGAAGGAACUAACAAUUUCUACUCCAUUCUGUUUAUGAAAUCUAUGUACAUCAAAUCAUAAUUGAAUUUUACCUAUGAUUAAACAAAAGUGUGUCCAAAAUUAGUUUCUGGAACUUUUUCGAACGGCGUUAUGUUGGGCUUCUGAGUCUGAAACCAAUAAACAAUGAAUUGGCUGCAAGUGUUAACUAAUCCAGAUGACAAUUCAGUUAGCAGAUUAGCUCAGUUAGAGAGUAAACCAAAUCUGUUAGGCAGAAGAAAGCAAGCUUUUGAAUGUUAGUUUGUGAUUCAGUUAUCGUUGUGUAUGAAUAGUUACAAAGAUUAAUAAUAUUUAGUUCUUCCAUGACAAUGGAGUUGGAAAUGAAGAAAUAUGAAUUUGUUGAUGGUUCUAUCCCUGCACCUGAUUCUAGUGCUCCUCUUCAUACUGCUUGGAAAGAUUGCAAGACUUUGGUUCUCUCUUGGUUGAAUUACUCGGUUUGCCCUGAGGUUGCAACCAGCACUAUAUGGAUUGAUACAACUGUCAAUUGUGUGCUGAUUUCUACUCUGUGAACAUGGAGAUUUAUCAGUUACAUCUUAUUUCACAAAACUCAAGAUUUUGUGAGAUGAGUUGUGUAAUUUUCAUCCUAUUCCAUCAUGUCAAUUUACUAUCGCAUGCUGUUGCAAUGCUUCUUAUAAGACUGUACAGAAUUAUUGGGACAUUGACUGUGUCAUUGUUUUCUACAAGGAUUGAAUGAAUCUGUUUCUUCGGUUCGAUCUCACAUUCUUAUGCCAGAUCCUCUACCUUUUCUGAAUAAGGUUUUUCCCUUCAUCAUUCAACAAGAAUUUGAGUUCAGUACCGAGGUUUAUUGCCACUUCUCCCACAAUCAAAUCCAACUUCCAUUUCUCAUGUUUCAAAUCUUGUUAGUGCUCAUAAUGUCACUACUUCUCCCAGUUCUUCAAGUAAAUCUUCUUACCCUUGGAUAUUGGAUUCUGGAGCCAAUGACCACAGCACCCUUUCUGUCUGUCUCCUAAAUGGCCAAAUCUCUAUGGCAAGUGGCACUAAUUAAUUGACUGGUCUCAUACUCCUCACUAAUGUCUACAACCCAAUCACGUAUUUCCAAAACUGAAUCCACGGGAGAUGAAGAUAUUUGGAGAGAAGAUAAAUGUUAGGAACUCCCUUUUUUAAAACACAUUCCAACACACUUUUUGUUAUUUUUAAAAAAGUGAGACAAAUGUGUUGAUUUUUGUAAAUAUAAAUCAACCACAAUGAGUACCUUUGUGUAUGUCUUUAGAAGAGUGUUAGUACCUUCGGAAGAAUAAAAACAUUGUGAGCGAUAGAGGAGAUGAAAAUAGAUGGGGCAGUGGCACAGAGAGAACACAAUUCAGUUUUAAAUUCUCAUUGAUGCCUAAUUUAUAGAAUGAUCAAACAUGUAUUUAUUAUGUCAAUAUAAAUAGUAAUGGAGGCGUUUACCCUUAGUUUAAUUAUUGUGAAUAACUUUCUAGAUGAUGAUUUGUGCUUGAGCGGUUCAUUAAACCCGAUAGCUUUGCUUGCGCUUAUCAUUGGAUGAGUUAAGACUUUAUUUAUUCGCCCUAAUCAACCAACAUGACAUUCACUUAUUUUUCCUAUGGGUCGACCGGGAGGAUGGUAUUGACUUAGUGGCGCCAUUUAGACCGACCAUAACAAUAGACUAAAAAUUAUGAGGAGAAGCUUAUAUGGAUACUGAAUACUUCAUUUGUACAAGACCUUACCUAAUGAGUUAACACUUGCUUUGAUUUCUUUCCUCCUCUAAUAGAUGAGGCCAUCUAACAAACACGGCCAACUUCUGAGAACAUAACAGAAACAAGACCCGAUUCAAUG